AUGGCAGCCCUCCGGCUCCCUGCUGGAGGGCGUCCCCCUGCGCAUACAGUCUCCUCGUCUUUUCAAGGUAAGUCUUUUUCGGAUCUGUUCAAACAGAAUGUGUCACAACCAUCGCUUUCCAUUGCGGCAGAAACGGCAACCCACAAAGGCGAACCAGCGAUUCUUUUUUCUCAGGCUACUGUGGACUCCUUGGCUGGUCCUUAUCGUUUUGCUUUAGUUGGGAAGUUCCCCAGGGGUAGGCCGAGACUGGAGGAGGUGCGUAAAUUCUUCUCAGCGCUGGAUCUAAGAGAGAUACCCACGGUGGGUUUGUUGGAUUCGCGGCAUGUGUUGAUUCAGCUACAGACUGAGGCUGAUUUCCAUAGAGUGUGGUUCAGGAGGGUGUGGUACGUGGCCUCUGCUCCUAUGCGUGUUUUCAAGUGGACACCAGGCUUCCAUGUUGACAGAGAAUCCCCUAUUGUCCCUCUGUGGUUCCAACUUCCGAAACUCCCACUGCAUUUUUUCCACAAGGAGGUGCUUUUCCAAAUCAUGUCCUGUGUUGGUGUGCCUCUGCUGGUAGACGCGGCCACGCUUGCGGUCUCUCGCCCGAGUGUGGCUCGCGUAUGUGUCGAAGUGGAUCUAUUGAGAACGUUACCGUCGCGUGUAUGGAUUGGGAAUGGAGACAGUGCUGGUUUUUGGCAGGAACUGGAGGUAGAGUUUUUACCCCAGUAUUGCACUCACUGCUGCCGCCAGGGUCAUGGCGAGAACAAUUGCCAUAUUUUGCAUCCGGAAAUGCGGCACUCUAUUGGGAAGCGGGCCAAACUGGGGGAUGUGCAGGGGGGGCAGGAAGAGAGGUCCUCUGCACGGGCUGAGGGGACGGCUGGAGCUCAGCGGCGAGAGAAGGAGGAGGUGCAGCAGCAGGGCUCGCUAAAAGGCCCAGCAGAUGCUCCCAAUGGGCCGGAGGUGCGGUCCUCCCUGGGUCAGGGGACGGUUGGAAGUCAGCAGCAUGGGGUGGAGGAGCUGCAACAGAAGGUUUCGCUAGGGGAGGAGGCGACGCUUCAGCAGGAGGAGCACCAGCCGCAGGUCACAGGGGUGGGGCUGCAGCCUGUCACGCUUCAAGCGUUGGAGAUGGGCUGCUCAGAGAUGGCUACUGGCCCAACAGCGGGUGUGGGUGUGGGGUGUACGCUGGGUCUGUUUGGGAAAGAUGACGCCAACAUGGGAUCGGUACGGGCUGGGGGGGCCGCGAUGGAGCAAGAACAGGUCUGCACUGCACGACUUGAGAAAGGAGAUGGGGUGGCGGACGAAGUCGCAGCGGUGCAGCGACAGGUUGGAAACUUAUCACCUAGGGGUGGGGGUGUUAUGGUGAGGAUACAUGAGGGAUCGUCAUCAUCAGUGGCAGGAUUGAAUCUUGAUCCUGUGGUAUCGUCUAGCAGUUUUGCACAAGAGGUAGAUGGGUUGGGGAAGGCGUCUGUGGCUAAGGGACGCGGCACUCGCGCGAUUUGUCCCUCAGAUAGGACCCUACGACCUAGGGGUGCUGUAUCCUCAAAUUCCUUUUCUGUGGUAUCUCAUGAUUAA